CUCAAGAUUGACACGUCCAACGGCCUCGUCUGCCGCCAGAACACCUGCAUCUGCAUCCACGAAUGCGACGAGUACGAGGUCAUCGGCACCAAAACGCGACUCGCUCAUGGCAGAGCUCGAGCGAGAUCCACAACAUGGGAGCGCAAAACGCCAACAACGCGUGCAGGCCUUCACGAACAACAUGCAGCAUGCUUCGCUCGAGCGGCAGCUGCUCGCGUCACAAGCCGCCAAAGCAGAGCUCGACAUCAAGCUGCGCGAGAAGGAGCUGCAGAUUGAGAGGCUGGAGAGAGACAAACGCUGGCUAUAUCAACGGGAGACGGAGGAGAGGGAGACGAGGGAGAAGGAAGGCGCCGAGCGCGAAGAGGAGAGGAGACAAUCAGACGCCGAAAUCCGCUCGCUCCGCGCAAGCCUCUCCGCUCUUCGCGAUACGCACGUCGAGCUGCAAGAAGCUCACUCGACUCUCUCGCGCACGCAUUCGCAAGAGGUCUCCUCCGCCAAAACGCGGCUUGUGACCCUCGAACACCAGACACGUACACUGGAGGACGAGCUGGCAGACUAUCGGCGCCUCGCGGACGAACGCGGGGAUGCCCUCCGUGAGGCGCAGCAGCGCGCCGAGGACCUGGAGAUCGCCGUGCAGUCGUCGCGCCGCGAGGAGGCGGACAGCGCCUCCUGGCCGAUGAUCAGAGACGAGCUGCAUAGACAGGCGGAAUAUAUGCGCACGCUGGAGAAUACCAACGCACGGCAAGCGGCAGAACUCGCGCGGUUGAAGGAAAAGCAUGCGAGUAUCGAGGUGCUUAGAGAGGAGAAGCUCACGUUAGAGAGGAGGCUUGCGGGUAUGGAGGAGAUGCGAGGCAGGGUUGUAGGCCUAGAAGCGCAGCUGGAUGCGGCGAGGAGGGAGAGGGAGGAAUGGGUCAAGAAGGGCAACGUCGGUCCCAGGGCCUCAGACACGUCCAUCUCCGUCACACAAACGCUCUCUGCUCUUCGCCUCGAGCAUGCCCGGCUUCUCGAAGAGCACGGUGCAACCGUGGCCCACCUGAGGUCCCGCGAAGCCGAACUCGUCGGGGCCGAACAACGCACGUCGGGCUUACAAGACCAUGCCAGUACCCUUGAAACGGAGACGAGAGCCCUCAAAGACAAGGUCGCCGCGCGUGAGCACCGCGCCGAGCUUGCAGAGCGCGAGAUUGGAUUCUUACAGGCUUUGCUUGCUAGCUAUACUGCCGAAGAAGGCACGAAAGACGACUCUGGAGGCGUCGACGAGGUUCUCGCUCAGCGUGUGCAUCAGCUGGAGAGCGCCAGCGCUGAGCUGAAGGCCGCUAACGUGGUCCUUCAAAAUGCGCUUGAGCGUGCGGAAGAGGAGAACAUGCUCGGUGGAGCACGUCGCACACGACCAGAGCUUCUGGAGGAGCUUGAACGCGAGCGCGAUGCUGCUGAGGCCUCUCGUUUGGAACUCGAAGAAGCACGCAAUGCGGCCCAGUCGCACCUCGAUAACAUCGAAACCCUGGAACAGACUCUAUUCGAACUGCGCGGCAAGAUCGGCACCGGGAGCCAUGUCCCUCCCGGUAUACGCGUGCUCUCGUUGCGGGACAACCCGGCGCAGCAAUGGACAGACCUGCGGCAGGAGGCGAUGGACCGACUGAAGCACGAAAACGAGGCGCUCAUCAAGCGGCUGAAGCAGCUCGGGGACGCCGGCGCCCGUGUCGACACUACCGAAGGCGAAUCGAACGCGGACGGAAGUCAUGCGCCGAGGGAAGACCUCGUUCCGCGCGAGAGCUGGGAGGUGCUCGACAGGGAGAAGAAGGAGCUCGAGGAGCUCGUGAAGCAGAAGGAGAAGCGGCUGCUGCGGUUGCAGCAGGUUUUUGCGUCGAAGUCGGCCGAGUUCCGUGAGGCGAUCGCGUCCAUUCUCGGGCUGAAGCUCGCGUUUUACCCCAACGGGCAGGUGCGGGUCACGUCGAUCUACGACCUCGAGGCUGCGUUUGUGUUCCAGCCUGCGGGCAAGUCAGCUGAGGGCGGGGUGGAAGGAGCAAGGAUGCAGCUGGUUGCGCAAAGUGAGGGCGGGCCCCAGGAUUUACCGCAGAUGAUGAGGUAUUGGGUCGAGGAGGAGCAGUGCAUACCGGGAUUUUUGGCGAGUGUGACGCUGGAGUGCUAUGACAAGUCGAAGCGAGAGGAGGCGUUAUAGACUAUAUCUUGCGAAUGUGAUGUGCAGUAAAUCUCAUCCAGUUU